ACCGGGCGGCACCGGACGGGCACCGGGCGGGCCCGCGGCCGGCAUGGCGCUGGCGCUGAAGAUGCUGCCCUGCAAGAAGCGCAGAGCGGCGGCGGCGGGGCCGCCGAGCCCGCGGGAGCGCGGGGAGGACGCGGAGCCGCCCGGAGGCCCCGAUGGAGGCGGCGCCGGCCGGCCCGCGGGGAGGGCGCCCGGGGAGGCCUCGCCGAAGAGCGGCAGGAAAGCCGCCGGGAGAGCGGCCCCGAGCCCCGGGCAGGAGCUCCCCGCGGGGCCCGGCAGCCCGGCACCGGCGGAAGGGAAAAUCCCCAAGCUGUACACAGAGGUGGAAGUGAGCUCUCAGAGGGAUCUGUAUCCAGGUGAGAACCCUGCUGCAGUGCCGGAGUCUCCAGGGAGAAGCUCCCUGCAGCUUUCUGCUGUCAGAAAUCCCACCACCAUGAAGCCACCAAAGAACUCCAGAGCUGAGGAGCAGGAAGGGGAGGACGUGGAGAGGAGGAAGAGGAGGAGGAAGGCAACCAAACGGAAGAGAGAAGGGAAGAGCCAGGAAGAAGAGAGCUCCUUGUCCUGUGACAUCAAGCUGGACGAGUCCCUGGACCGCACCCUGGAGGAUGGAGCCAAGCAGCACAACCUGACCGUGGUCAACGUCAGGAACAUCCUGCACGAAGUGAUCACAAAUGAACACGUGGUGGCCAUGGUGAAAGCAGCCAUCAGUGAGACAGAAGAUAUUCCUUUGUUUGAGCCCAAAAUGACUCGUUCCAAGCUGAAGGAGGUGGUGGAGAAAGGAGGGGUGAUUCCAACAUGGAAUAUUUCUCCAAUUAAGAAGGCAAACGAGGUGAAGCCCCCUCAGUUUGUGGACAUUCCCCUGGAGGAAGAUGAUUCCUCUGAUGAAGAAUACCAGCCUGAUGAUGAAGAGGAGGAUGAGACUGCAGAGGAGAGCUUGCUGGAGAGCGACGUGGAGAGCACAGCUUCUUCUCCUCGUGGAGCCAAGAGGUCCAGGACAAGGCGUUCCUCUGAUGAGGAGGGGGGGACCCUCUGUGAGGUGGAGAAGGUCACCCCACCUGUUGUUAGACACAUCAGUGCAGAAGUGGUUCCCAUGGGACCCCCUCCACCCCCCAAGCCCACGCAGAGCAAGGACAGCACCUUCAUGGAGAAGCUGCACGCCGUGGAUGAGGAGCUGGCCUCCAGCCCUGUCUGCAUGGACUCCUACCAGCCCCUGGAGGACAGCCUGAUUGCCUUCAGGACGCGCUCCAAGAGGCCCCUGAAGGACGUUCCCCUGGGGCAGCUGGAGGCCGAGCUGCGCGCGCCCGACAUCACCCCCGACAUGUACGAGCCCAGCGCGGGCAACGACGAGCACUGGGCCAGGUGGCUCAGGGGGCUCAUGGAUGAUGAUGUGGGCAACGAAGAUGAAGCUGAUGAUGAUGAUGACCCUGAGUACAAUUUCCUGGAAGAUCUGGAUGAGCCAGACACAGAAGAUUUCAGGAAUGACCGUGCUGUGAGGAUCACCAAAAAGGAAGUGACUGAGCUGAUGGAGGAGCUGUUUGAGACAUUCCAGGGUGAGAUGGGUUUCUCCAGCAUGAAAGAGGACAGGCCAGAAGAUGAAGAUGCUGUUACAGAGUCUCGGCCAAAUUUUAACACCCCCCAGGCCCUCAGAUUUGAGGAGCCUCUGGCCAAUAUGCUGAACAAGCAGCACCAGACAGUGAAGGAGCAGCUGGAGCAGCUGAGAAUAAAAAAAUCUUCAAUCAAAGCACCCCAAGAGGCUGAAAAAUCCAAAUCCCAAAGUGAAAAACCCCUGCAGAGCCUUGUUCUGGACAGUGCACAAAGGAAGAGGCUCCAGCAGCAGAUGCAGCAGCAUGUCCAGCUGCUGACUCAAAUCCAUCUCCUGGCAAGUUUCAACCCUGCUCUGAGUUCAGAGGCCAGCACCACCCAGAUGUUUUUGAGCGAGCUGGGGAGCUUUGCCUGCAGCUCCACCCUGCACCAGGUGUCCCAGAACCCCAAAUUCCAGACCAUGUUCCAGCCCUGCAACCUGCAGGAGGCCCUGCAGCUCCUGGAGGAUUUCCAUGCCCAGGUGCCCGUGGACUGCAGCCCUAGGAAGGCUGUGAAGAAUGCAAAUGAUUUCUCCUGUUUGCCAAAGCAAGUGGCCUGGAUUUUGGCAACCAGGAAAGUUUUCAUGUACCCAGAGCUGCUGCCAGUCUGUGCCUUGAGAGCAAACCCCCCCCGAGACAAGAUUGUCUUCACCAAGGCAGAGGACAACUUGUUGGCUUUGGGGCUGAAACAUUUUGAAGGGACAGACUUUCCCAAGCCUUUGAUCAGCAAGUAUCUGCUGCCCACCAAAACUGCCCACCAGCUGACAGUGAGGAUCAAGAACCUGACCAUGAACAGAGCCCCUGACAACAUCAUCAGGUUCUACAAAAAGACCAAGCAGCUGCCGGUGCUGGUGAAGUGCUGUGAGGAGAUCCAGCCCCACGAGAGGAAAGCUCCUGUGGAGAGGGAGGAGCAUCGCCUGCCCUUCUGGCUCAAGGCAAGCUUGCCCUCCAUCCAGGAAGAGCUGAAGCAGCUGGCAGAAGAUGCCAAGGAGACAGCAGCUUCAGCUGAUGGAGAAUCUGCCCUUUUGGGGCCAGAAAAGGAAAUUCCAGGCAGGGCAGGUGGUGACAAGUGCCCUCUGCUGGUGCCCAAGGGGCUCGUGCUCACCCUGAAGCCUUUGGGCAACCGCUUCUCCAGGAGGCCCUGGAGGAGGCAGAGGUCUUCAGCUCUGAAGCCAGUCGUGAUCCGUCCCAGCCCGUGUGUGCAGCCCAGCUGCAGCCCCCUGAGUGUCCCCAAGGCCCAGAAGCUGUCCCAGGCAGAGGCUGUGCCCAGCCGGCUCCGGCUGCGCGUGCCUCGGCCCAUCAAGCCCGCGCCGCCGCCCCUCAGCCUCCCAGCACUGCUGGCACCUGGCGAUGCCUUGGACUUCCAGAAUGUUCUUUCCACCGGCCAGCCGAGCUCCAGACAAGCCUUUUCAGCUGCUGUAGGCCCGGCUCUGGUGUCCUCAGAGCAGGUGACUUUCCAGCCCAAGCUGGUGCUGCCCACCGUGGCCGGGAUGAAAACGCGCAAGCCGGGCGUGCGUAAGGGCCACCAGAGGAAAAAAGGGACAAGAUCUGCCCCAGUGAUGAAACCUUCCCCUCUGAUCCAGUCCUCCCCCGUCAUCCUGACCGUGCCUGCCACCACGGUGAAGGUGCUGAACAUUGGCAAUGGCUGCAACAUGAUCCAGCCCCUGAACACGGCGGUGGGCCGCGGGGCUCAGGCCAUCCCUGUCACCACCCUGCUGGUGAACCCCUCCACCUUCCCGUGCCCCCUGAACCAGCCCCUGGUGACCUCCUCCAUCCCGUCCCUGAUUGUGUCUCCCAGCCCUGUUGGUCUGGCUGCUCCUGCUGGGGGUGAAGGGGAGGAGCAGCUGACCCUGCUCCCUGCCCCAGGUGCUUUCCCCAAGGUGGAGCCCAAGGUGGAGCCCGCGGAGCUCUUCGUGCCCUGCUCCCUGUCCCCAAAGGAGGAGCGUGGCACAAACCCUGCCCUUGGGGACACUCAGGACAAGGGCAGUGAGGGUGACUGCUGCAGCUGGGCAGUGGCAGAGGGAGAUGGCAGCACAGCAGAGCCCUUGCCUGUGGUGGAGCUUUUGCCUCCCUUAGAAGAUCCCGAUGAAUCGGUGGAAAUCAAGUCUGAAGAUUUAAGUGAUGCUCCCAAAGAAGCCAACCUGGCACAGCAAAGAGACCUUUUAUGUGCUGAAAGCAAGGAGGAGUUCAUGCUGGGCCUCGGCCAGGAGCUGAACAUGGAGGCUGCUUGUUCCUGCGGGGAUGAGCCCAAGCAGGAGCUCUGUGAGGACAAGGGAGAGCAGGAGCAGCAGGCUGUGCCCUCCCCUCCCCAGGGCGAGCCGGGGGGGCCCCCAGGCUCCAGCGAGUCCCCAAAAACCCUCCCUUACCCAGCCGAGAGGGAGGCAGAGUUCAGCAGCCCCCCGGGCAGGCCGGAGGACUCGUCCAGCAUUGAUGGGCACUCCGUGGGCACCCCUGGCCCCGAGGCUGCCGGGGACAGGGAGGGCCAGGAGGAGGAGGAGGAGGAUGACUUCGAUGAUUUCACGCAGGAUGAGGAUGAGGAAAUGUCAUCAGCUUCAGAAGAGUCCAUUCUGUCAGUGCCAGAGCUGCAGGAGACAAUGGAAAAACUGACUUGGCUUGCAACAGAGAGACGUUUGAGCCAAGAAGGAGACUCUGAAGAGGAGAAUUCCCAGGAGGAGAACUCGGAGCCUGAGGAGGAGGAGGAGGAGGAAGGGGAAGGAGUAGAGAGCUCCCAGAAGGAGGAUGAAAUGUGUGGAGAUGCUUCAGAGGAGCCCAAGUCUGCUUUCACCAUGGCCCAGGCAGCCUCCCCACAGCUGGAGGCCCACAGGCUGCCCCCAGGAGAGGCCCUGAAGGCCCCAGGGAGGAGCAGGAGCUCGCACAGGACCAGGAACAAGAGGGGCAGAGCUCGUGGCAGCAAGGACAGCUCCAAGCUGCUGCUGCUCUACGACGAGGACAUCCUGGAGAGGGAUCCCCUGAGGGAGCAGAAGGACCUGGCCUUUGCCCAGGCCUACCUCACCAGGGUCCGUGAGACCCUGCAGCACAUCCCAGGGAAAUACGAGGAUUUCCUUCGUGUCAUCUACGAGUUCGAGGUGAGCACGGACAGACGGACGGCUGUGGAUCUCUACUGCACCCUGCAGAAGCUGCUGCACGACUGGCCACAGCUGCUGACAGACUUUGCAGCUUUUCUUCUGCCAGAGCAAGCUUUGGAGUGUGGGCUGUUUGAGGAGCAGCAAGCCUUUGAGAAGAGCAGGAAGUUCCUCAGGCAGCUGGAGAUCUGCUUUGCUGAAAAUCCUGCCCACCACCAGAAGAUCAUCAAAGUGCUGCAGAGCUGUGCAGAUUGUGUGCCCCAGGAGAUUGCAGAGCUGAAGACCCAGAUGUGGCAGCUCCUGAAGGGCCACGACCACCUGCAGGAUGAGUUCUCAGUGUUCUUUGAUCACCUCAGGCCCUCUGCCAGCCGCCUGGGAGACUUUGAGGAGAUCAACUGGACAGAAGAGAAGGAGUACGAGUUUGAUGGCUUUGAGGAGGUGUCUCUGCCAGACGUGGAAGAGGAGGAUGAGCCCCCCAAAAUCCAUGGAGCCACCAGGAGCAAGAGGAGGAAGGAGAUGGGAGGACAACAGCAGGACAAGGAGGCCGAGUGGCCGGAGGGGGUGAAGGAGCUGAAGGAGUGCUCCUGCUCCUGCUCCUGCCACGAGGGCAGCGGCGAGCUGAGGCUGAAGAAGAGCAAGAGGAGGAGCUGCAGCCACUGCGGGAGCAAGGUGUGUGAGCCGCGGCUGCACAAGCACAAGGACGCCGCGGAGCUGCCGGCCAGCCUGGCUGCCCGCGACGGCAGCCCCCAGCCCGAGGGGAAGGGAGCCGCGGGAGAGGAGACCCCGGAGGGCAGCGAGGAGCCGGAGCCGGGCCCGGGCAGAGCCAAGGCUGGCCCCAGGAGGGGGCAGUGCCCAGGGUCCCGGGAUGCCAGCCCCUGUGCCCCCGCUGCUGCCCAGCUUCCGGAAGGUUCCGGCUGGGCCCGGCUGCAGGGAGCUGCUCUGGGGCUGCCUGCGGAGCCCGGCGAGUGCCCGGGGGCUGCGGCGGGGCUGGGCAGGGACCUGCUGCUGCCUGCGGGGGCACAGGGACCCCCAGCCUGCCUGCCCCAGGGGCUGCAGCCUGCUGCAGGGGAGCAGGGCAGCAGCUGCAGGGCUGCAGGGGAGCAGGGCAGCGGCUGCAGGGCUGCAGGGGAGCAGGGCAGUGGCUGCAGGGCUGCAGCGGAGCAGGGGUGCAGCAGUAAAGCAGCAGAGCAGGGGAGGUGCAGCAGAGCAGCAGGGCAGGGGUGCAGCAGAGCUGCACCAGAGCAGGGGAGCAGCAGCAAAGCAGCAGCAGAGCAGGGGAGCAGCAGAGAUGCAGCAGAGCAGGGGAGCAGCAGAGAUGCAGCAGAGCAGGGGAGCAGCAGCAAAGCAGCAGCAGGGCAGAGCUGCAGCUCAGGCUCCCCUGGGCACUGCAGCUUGCAGCCACAGCACAGAGGCUGCACUGGAGCUGCUCCCGAGGGCAGGCCGAGGACAAGUGGCAGCAGCAGCAGCUCCCUGGUGCAUGCCCCUGCGCAGCUGCAGCCCCGAGCCCCGGGGCACAGGGAGGAGGAGCAGCAGCAGCAGCGGGUGACAGAGGCCACCGUGUGUGCCAAGAACAGCAAAGUCAGCUCCACGGGGGAGAAGGUCGUGCUCUGGACCAGGGAGGCUGACAGAGUCAUCCUCACCACGUGCCAGGAGAAGGGAGCCCACCUGGACACCUUCCAUGCCAUCUCCCAGAAACUGGGCAACAAGACAGCGAGUGAGGUGUCCCACAGGUUCAGGGAGCUGAUGAGGCUGUUCCACACCUCCUGUGAUGGCAGCUCUGAGGAUGAGGAGGAUGCCACCAGCACCAGCAACACAGACCAGCUGUCAGACAAAGAUCUGCUGCUCUCUGAGGAAGAGCCUGAUGACUGAGGUGAUCAGCUACUGACUGCACCAGAAGAGGGUUUGGGGUUUUUUUAACCAGUUUGCUGCUAGACAGGUGCUGUGGAAAAAUGUUUGCACAGGUACUUGAGACAGCACCUUCAUUUUUUGUUCAGUUUCCAGCCUGGACCAAAGGCAGGAAGUAAAAGGAGAAAAUUCUCAAGAACUCCCCUGGGGAGCUUCAGCAGUGGAGUAACAGAACUUGUGGACACUGACCUGGCCUGGGGUGAAGGUUGGGCCAGCAGCCUCUGACCAGGACCUGUAAAUAUUGUACCCUGAAAUGCCAGUUUUCAUGUGCAACAAACACAUGACUUUUUCUAA